UCUUAAACCAUAUUUUUUUCCAAUCCAUUCAUUGCUUUUAACGAGAAGACUGCCACGCCACCGGCUAUCCUCGUCGGCUCCUUCGCCUGGUCGUCGUCGGGCCCUUGGCCGGCGACGAACACCAAUCAGAAAACACGAAAGGAUGGCAUUGAAAUUUAAGGCACCUGGCUACAUUAUCCUGAAAGAGGAAGCAUGCUGCAACAAAGAUAAUGAUAGUGGUAAAGAUGGAUCACUUCCAAUAAGAAAUAGGUAUCCGCGGCAGCAUCCUAUCAUUUUUUUUGAUGUUAAUGAAGGAUACGAUAGGAAGAAGAUAAAUGAGUUCCUGCUGCAAUGGUCUAUUCCUAUUGCCAAGUCCCGGCCAAAUGACAUAAUCAUCCCAGACCCUGCUCCCCAGGUACCCCGUGUGGAGGUCUUGGAACAUGUUUCAUCUAUCCUCAAGGAAUAUGGGUUUAAUCCUACUGGAGAAAUCAUGGACACUAUAAACCUCCGGCCUUAUGACUGCAAAAUGUCAGACACAGAGACAUGCAACAAAGGGCUUAUAAAUCCAAACAUGGCAGUUAUGGAAUCAGAUAAUCUGCACGCUGCAGAGGAAAAGGCUGUGACAGCGACAAAGGAAGUAGGCAGAGGAUGGGAUCCAACAUAUAUGAGGAGAAGUUUUUUCCCAUAUUGGAGAUCAGUGUUACGAACCAGGUGUCGUUGGAGGUUGAUUCCAGCCUAUGCAGAGGGAUAUACUAGGCCUGUGCUUGAUCUUCAACAUUUCCGUGCCUCUCGGAGCAAGUCAUUGGCCAAUGGAUCUACUCCAACUCCAAAUCAUAAACUUGGUCUGGUGGGAAGAAUCUCACCACUUCCAAGCAAUCAACCCAGAAGGGCUUUUAGCACUGCUGCCAUUAGUGCAUUCAGGCUCUUGAAGAUGCUAAAGUAUGCAUGAGUAGAAAGGCACGUCACAAUUUUUGGCUCCCUACACCAAGUUUUCUAAACGUGUCCCACAAAUAAAUUGAAGGAAGGAAUUAUUAAGGAAACCACACACUUGUCUUUAAUUAGUAAGACUAUUCAUUGAU